AUGCUCUGUGUUUCCUCGCCGAGCCGAUCUGCUCCCCGCGCCACCGCCUGCUCCCCGUGCCGCCCACCGCACCUCCACCCACCGGCCACCCACCGCAUCUCCACCUACCGGCCGCACCCUCCUCCGCGCCGCGCCCCCAGUCGCCGUCACCAUGAGCUACCUCUGACCAUCCUAUUUCUUCUUUCUUCACCAGAUCCGGCUUCUCCGUCAGCACGGUGCUCUGGUGGAUCUCCUCCUCGUCUGCAACAUCAACAGCAGAAGGGCAGCAGCAGGACCGCCAAGCUCGCGAGCCACUGCUGGACGGCGGGGCUUGACGGUUUCCUCAUCUACUGGGACUUUGCCACCACCGAGCUGGUGCGGAAGACAUUCACGGAGCUCAAGACGGCCACCCGCAACUUCCGGCCCGACAGCGUGCUCGGCGAGGGCGGCUUCGGGUCCGUCUUCAAGGGCUGGGUCGACGAGACCACCUUCGCCCCCGCACGGCCCGGAACCGGCAUGUUCAUCGCCGUCAAGAAGCUCAACCAGGAGGGCUUCCAGGGCCACUGCGAGUGGCUGGCUGAAGUGAACUAUCUUGGUCAGUUGUCGCACCCGAAUCUUGUCAGGCUCGUCGGGUACUGCCUCGAGGACGAGCAGCGCCUCCUCGUCUACGAGUUCAUGCCGCGAGGGAGCCUCGAGAACCAUCUUUUCAGAAGUAAUUACCAAUGAACCGUCCUCUCUGCUUCAUUGAUCAGUUAACCACACCUAAUUACUUGUUGAGGAUGUUGGUGGUAACAAGUUUUGGUGAAUGAU